UGGCGUCAAAUCGAAGUAAAGAGAGAAGCAUUUCAAUGGUUCUGGUACCAACCGCAGUGUGAAGAUUUCAACUUUUCAAGGGAUCCAGGUUUAGAUUCCAGGCUAAUUUUGAUUUUGAUUGAGAAGGAAAAAGAUGGGAGAAUUGACAGGUUACCAGUUGGGGGUUAUUGGUGCAUUGUUUCUAUCAGUGGCAUCAUCAGUCUCCAUUGUUAUCUGCAACAAAGCCUUGAUGAGCAAUCUUGGUUUUCCUUUUGCUACAACAUUGACUAGUUGGCAUCUGAUGGUAACUUAUUGCACCCUUCAUGUGGCGCAUCGCUUGAAUUUCUUCGAAAACAAGAGAAUUGAUAUGAAGACUGUGAUUCUUUUUGGCAUUCUGAAUGGUGUUUCCAUUGGUUUUCUUAACUUGAGCCUUGGGUUUAACUCCAUUGGCUUCUAUCAGAUGACCAAACUUGCAAUCAUACCUUUCACUGUGCUCUUGGAGACUCUUUUCUUGAAAAAACAAUUCAGUCAGAAAAUAAAGUUCUCUCUUUUCGUUCUACUUGUUGGAGUUGGCAUAGCAUCAGUGACAGAUCUUCAGCUCAAUUUCGUUGGGACGGUUCUUUCUCUUCUAGCUAUCGCCACCACUUGUGUCGGACAAAUUCUGACAAACACAAUUCAGAAGAGACUGAAUGUGUCAUCAACUCAGCUAUUGUAUCAAUCGGCCCCAUUCCAAGCAGCUAUUCUGUUCGUCUCUGGCCCUUUGGUGGAUCAGUACCUCACCAACCAAAAUGUUUUUGCCUACAAAUACUCCCCUAUUGUUUUGGUUUUCAUUAUAAUGUCAUGUUUGAUCGCGGUUUCAGUGAAUUUUAGUACAUUUUUGGUGAUUGGGAAAACAUCACCGGUUACAUAUCAAGUUCUCGGUCAUCUAAAGACAUGCCUUGUUCUUGGAUUUGGGUACACCUUGCUACAUGACCCUUUCACUGAGAGAAACAUCAUUGGAAUACUGGUAGCCAUUGCUGGAAUGGGGUUGUAUUCUUACUUUUGUACCCUUGAAAACAAAAAGAAACAGAUGAUUGACUCUUCCGGAUCCCAGAUUAAAGAUAAAGAUAGCAGUGCACAACUUUUGGGACAUGAAGAAGAGAGAGGAAGUUUUGAGGUUACAAAAGCAACCAAAGACUCUCUUGUUUAAGUUGAAGAAUCAAAUAGCAAUUUUUAGAUGUUCCAUUUUCUUGUUUAAUAUCAUCAUACUUUCUAUUGAAUAUGAUGGGAUUCUUUAUUCUUUUAAAUAACACUAUAAAUAUGCCAUUUUUUAAUUGGUUUGUAGAUACCACAAGAACUUGUAUUUGUAAUACACUUUGUGUACUUUACUUUUUAUUUUGAAUGGUUUUGUAUUAAUUUUUUAUGGUUUCACAGACAACCAUACCCAAACGGUAGGUCCGUCUAAGAACGGGACAAUGUAUCUUCCCAUUAUUCCA